UCCAGCCAUUAAAAACUGCCCCCAAUUUGGGUGUCCAGAGGAAUUUUAAAGAGUUCAGCACUUUCCAUCCAAAGUCACUAUUUACCAAGAUAUCGCUGUAAUAUCGUAUAAAUUGAAUUACAUAGCGAAUUCAACUUCCAAUCCAGCUAGAGAGACAGAUUUGGCCGCGGAUUAAACACAAUAUAAGCGUAUUUGAGGUGAAAAUCUGAACUUUAUGCUGUUUUGGUCGGAGGAGCAAUGUUAGGAGUUGUAAACAAGUUUUUUAUAGCAUCAAUGUUAAUGUGGGCUGUUCCUCUUGGAAUUUUAUAUGGCUUUAACCACAAUUUGUUCCCCGGUUCUACUGAGCUGUCUCCUUAUUCUAUGACAUUGUUGAGUGGAUUUCUAGCAGUCAUUUCUGUCAACAUCAUUAUAGCAUUCUACAUUUGCAUGGCAAUGAAAGAACCCUCAGACAAGCACGAGCCAGAUCCUAAAUUCGUAGCAGAUGCCAAGGCUAGCAUUACGCAGUCUAAUCCAAAUGAAGCUGAGUCGUCAUCAAACCACACAAAACGAGAAUAAGCGGCAUCAACGUCAUGAGGCAGUUUAACUUCUACGUGGGACUCGACUCAAGUAUAAGCAAAUCCCAAGGGUUUCUCACUUAGGUUGAAAAUUUUGAUUGUAAUUGUUGUUAUCGUUUGUUGAAUUUUAAUUUGUACAUUGAACUGGUUGAUGAUAUGUAUAAUGUAUCAAUAUGAGAUAACUUGCCAUUUUGUUCAGAA